AUGGCGGCUCGAAACGACGAAACCACAAACCCUUUUGGAGACGAUUUGGAUGACUUUGAGUACGAUACAGCCCUAAGUCGUCUUGAACAAACACAGAACAGAAUCUUGGGGAGUACUUCUCGCUCUCUGGGGCUUAUCGAAGAAUCCCAUGACAUUGCUAUCAAGACAGCCGAAGAAUUACAGCGCCAGGAAGAAGCGUUGUAUCGCACAGAACGAAACUUAGACGAUAUGUCACACAACAUGACUACCGCCAACAGACACAUCAAGUCCGUUAAAAGCGUUUGGGGUGCCAUUGGUAACUACUUUAGUAAACCUAUAAAAGCAGAACCGAAACUCGAGCCUGUUAAAACAGAAGUGCCAGAACGAAGCUUAAACGUUGAUGUUGAUUUGAAACUAGAUUACGGUGAACAAGACUGUCUUAGCGAAUACGGUGGCAGAGGACGAGGGACGGCUAGUUUUGAGAGAGAAUAUGAUAACCAUUUAAGUGAAAUAUCUCGUGGACUUAGUAUCCUCAAAGACGAUGCGAUGGUUUUGGGGCAAACAAUAGAUCGCCAUGAUGAAAUUAUUACCAGAGUUCAAGGCAAGGUAGAAAAUGUCGAUGAUGAAAUAAAAGUUGCUGAUAGGAAGAUAAAAAAGAUUUUGAGAAACUGA